AUGUUCUCCAUCAAGACCCUCACCGCCGUCCUCCUGGCCGCCGCCGCCACCGUCUCCGCUGCUCCCACCAGCACCUCCGGCAGCAAGACCCCGUCCCGCACGAACCACCUCACGGGCGUCACCCACUCCGUGGUUGCCGGCCUCGGUAGCCUCCGCUUCGACCCGGACAACGUCGUCGCCGAGAUCGGCGAUAUCGUCGAGUGGCACUUCCUGCCUCGCAACCACUCGGUUGUCCAGUCCAACUUCGCCGACCCCUGCACCCCUCUCGCCGACGGCACCUCCUUCUUCUCUGGCUUCAACUUCUUCACCCCCGAGGGCCAGGCCCCUGACGUCUUCCAAGUCAUCGUCGAGGACAAGAAGCCCAUCUGGUACUACUGCGCUCAGAACGUCGGCCAGCACUGCCGCUCCGGCAUGGUUGGCGUGAUCAACCAGAACUUCGACAGCCCCGACUUCACCCUCGCCAAGCACAAGGAGCUGGCCGCUAAGAAGGGGGACGCCAUCGUCCCCCCUGUCCAGCAGGGUGGAUACGUCAUUCCCAACCCCAACCCCCUCGGAGGUUUCAAGCUUUAA